AUGGACAAUCCACCAAUAUCAAUUGACAACACUAGUUCAAAAAAUUAUGACGAAAUGAGAAAUUUGAAUUAUUCCGAUUUGCAUGUCCAAACAAAAAUAAUUGAAAAUAUUGACGGAGAAAAUAGUGAUAAAAAUUCUGAUGAUUCAUUCACAGAUUAUGGGGGCGAAAAUAGGGAAACAGAGGAAUACAACAAUGAAAGCGCAUCAGAGAAAUAUGAAAAAAAAUUCGACGACGAUUUCAUGAGUGGCGAUGAAUACGUAGAAUCAUCAGCAGCAAGCAAUUAUGGAAAAUAUAAAGACAUAAAUCCAGAUGAUUUAAUAUCUUUUUAUGAAAAAGAGAGCAAUGAAGAUAUAAAAGACGAUGAAAGUAUUAAAACAAAUAAAAUUGAUCACUAUUUAGAUAAAAAUUAUAAAGGAGAAAUAAUAAUUGAUGGAAAAAAUGAAGUCGAUGAAUUUUUACUUGUAUCUAGAAUGGCAUAUUACGACAUAGCAAAUCAAAGUAAAGAUAAAAUUUAUGAAAAUAAAGAAAAUAAUUCUUUAUAUUUUUUAAAAGAUCAAGCAAGCAAAGAAUGUACAAACGAAGAUGAUUAUGAUGGUGACCACAAUGAUGAAUCAUUACUGAGGAGUACGAAAAAAAACCUUAAUAAUAACAAAUAUAUUCAAUCUAUUUGCAAUAAUAUGAAUGAUUCACAGCAUGAGGGAAAAAGUGCUUUUAAUGCAAACCAAGCGAAUAUUGAUAAUAUUGGAAAACAAUACACAGAUAAUUCAUCCGAAGAAUCUGAAUGUGAAACGAGAAGUAUUUGUUCGUUUCAAAAUGGUAAGGAUGAAAUUGCAGAUGAUGAUUCCAAUAGCAAUAGUCAAAAUGAAGCACUUGAUAAUGAAGCUCCAAAAAAAUGUGAUAAUGGAGAAAAAAAAAAAGGUAAAGUGCGCUCUCAUAUAAUACCACAUACAGGCAAAUACGAAAAAGAGGAUAGAAUACGAUUAAUGGGAAUUCCUGAAUAUGUGCAAAAGGGUUUAAAAAUUGAAAAGAUUGGAAAAUUAAUUAAAAAAGAUAAUGAUAUAUUAACAAUUCAUUCUUUGAAUUCCAAAUAUUAUUUAAGUGCUGCAUCUGUUUUAUGUUUAGAAAAUCGUAAAAUAAUUGGAUGUAUUGCAGAUGUAUGUUCAAAUGAGACAGAAGUAUUCUAUUAUGUAAAAUUAGUUUUCCCAAGUUUAGACGCCGAAAUAAAAGAAAACAUAGAUAUAUAUGCUGAUUUAAAACAUUCUUUAUAUAUUAAUGUCGGCACAGGUUUAUGUUCAGAGUUAUUUAAAGUAUUAAAAAAUAAAUCAGUUCCAUAUAUUUUUAUUAAUUAUAAUGAUCUUUACAAUAUUUCAGAGACGCAAUUAAUGGAAAAACAUUCAGAUACUAAUUCAGGUAACAACAAUAAUAAUCCAAAUGAUAAUAAGGGUCAUAAUGGAAAACGGGAUGAGCAAAAUAAUAAUAACAAAGAUAGGAAGAAAAAAAAAAACUUCAAAGGGCAAAAUAAAAAUUUGCAAAUCUUUAAUAAUAAUAAAAAUAAUCGAAAGAAUAAUCCAAAUAAUAUUGUAAAUACGAAUAGUGAGAAUAAUAAUAUUAUACUAUAUGAAAAAAAUGGGAAAAUGAACCAUUCACGAAAAUACAAAAAAGGGAAAAUUUUUGGCAAUGCACCACCCUCUUCUCAAAAUAUGAACUUAAAAUUUAAAAAUUUAUCUUAUGUAAAUAAUAGCAAUAUUAGUGAAAUGGGAAAUAUGAUAAGAAAAAGGGGGCAUAAUAACAGUAACGUAGGAAAAAAUAACGCCUACAAUAUUGGGCAUGAUAAUAAUCCUAACAAUACAAAUUACAUAUAUGCCAAUCAUUCAUUAAAUAACAAUAUUAAUAAUAUAGCAAAUAUGGGCAAUCUAAAUAAUCGUAAUAAAAAUGAAUAUAAUGCCUUUCAUAAUGUUACGCAUAAUUAUAAAAAACACCAAAUGCAUAAUUACAAUAUUAAUUAUGCUAAUAUAUAUAAUAAUCUCCAAAACAAUGUAAAUAUGACAUAUCCCAACGAAAGCUCUAAUCAUAUGCACCCUCAAAAUUAUUAUGAUAUUCAUCGAACAAAUUUUAUCAAUUUUAAUAAUCCUCCUAACUUAGAUAACAGAAUGCAAAACAUCAUUUAUCCUCAACCUAUGGAACCAGGUUCAAAUUCCUACAUCAAUAGACUAUCAACUAACUGGAAUAAUGAUGUUAUUUCUCAUAAUAAAUACAAUGAUAAUUAUACUAAUUAUAAUAUUAAUGGGAAAGAGGGAUACCCUUAUAUAUCACACAAAUCAUAUAAUAAUAAAAUUCCUCAAGAACCAAUCAAUAAAAUCACGUUCAACAAUAACAACGAUAUACCAUCAAAUUAUAAUUCUAUCAAUAUUAACAAUUUGUAUAAUUACAAUGAUUUUAAUUCAAAGAAUUAG